AUGGAAGGACGUAAGAGAAGGAGACGUGGGCACAGUAAGUGUUUAAAAGAUUUUCUUCUGUAGAACCAUUGUUUUCAGACUUCUCAACAUUUUUUCGUCUAUCGGGAGAGAAAACAGAGCCCGACGAUUCUUCUGAAUCCGAAGGUGACCAUGAGGAAAUUCUAGACUCAAGAAACUCAAGGAAAACCACUCGCGAAAGGUGAAUUUCAACGUUGUUAUCUUUCUGAACUAAAUAAACGAAUACAUACAACCAGGAAGAGGGAGUCGUAUGUGAGCAGGUCCGGUCGAUUCAUUGUGGCGGCACCCGCCUACUGGAGCAGCGGAAGUACUGAUCAAUCAACAAUUUGUUGGACCGACCCGACAGACAACAACAUCGAGCAUCACGACGAAACGCCAAGAUUAGGAACAUGUUCCCAGUUCAUCCGAGACUCUCAGAACACGUACCCUGCGAUUUCCGCCGAAUACACUGGAGAACCAGUGACACGAGGAGUGUACGGAUACGGUGCACAGUCCCAUUUCGACCGCAAUGAACCGUCUUCAUCGAUUCCGACCAAUUCUGAGAAGAACCCGAUUUCAGGUGAGACAUAAUCAUUUCACUGUACACAAUGCACAGUUUCUUUGCAGUUAUGCUCUCCUCGUGCACGGAAAACGGUUCGUUUAACGUGGAGAAGGCAGGCCGAAUCCCCUUAACCGAACGAGAACUCGAUAUGUUAAAGAGGAAAUCGAGACAUUUCUCGUGAAGAAUGCGUACAAGUUCACUGGUCCUAAGAUUAUCGGCGAGACCGAUGUGAUGAACCCCGAGUGUCAACAAAUAAUGAUCUUUUUUUUUUUUUGAUCAGUGCGCAACAUCAGAAGGUGAGCAACCUCUCAGCGAAGAACUGUGAAGAGUUCAGAGACGUAGGUGGAGCUGUCUACAAUGUCACCGGGGUUUUCCAUUAUCCACGAGAGCCACCAUUCUCCGUGAGCUGGAUCCGUAUUUAUACGAAUGCAGAACUUCGUUUUUAGGGCGAGCAAAUCAGCCUUCUCGGAAUUAACGCAUCCAAUCAGCCAGCUCAUAUUCGUCUCAAGACGAUGAUAUUCCACGUGCUGUCAAGAGUAUGUCACACACUUUAGGUGUUAUCAAAUUCAAACUAUGUUUAGAGUUGCACUCAGCAGCGCGACAUUCAGUCUGUCACAUGGAUUCUGCCGAAUGAGAAAAACUCGAAGGGACCUAACCGACGCGACUUCCCGGAUGAAUUGUAUGUCACGCUUAGGGGUUAGUUAUAUUCUGAUUCUCAUAAGUUUAUCGAUUUCACCACGUUUCUUUUUAGACCUCUUCUUACAAUUUUUCGGACUCGACUACGGGGAGUUGGAUGCUCCCUACCGAAACGAAUUUAGCACGCUGAAAUGCCUGCAGUCAUUCGGAGACGAUAACAGCAAGAAAAAACUGUUCAAAUUUCUUGCACAUACAAGAAACAGUUACCUCACAACCACGUUCAGAACUGCACUCAAAGAGGCUUUGUGAGUCAAUCUUUCUAUUUCUUUCUGAAAAUAAGAUUUCUUUUCAGAAUUGAACUUCGCCACGGUACAUUUCUGCCACCCGUCAUUGGUCAGCAGUACGGUCGAUUUGUAUACCGCAAGGUAAUAUUACUGUUUUCUAACACUGUCAUCUUUUCUCAUUUUGCAGCGCCACACGGCGACUACGUCGAAAUCUGUUACGCAUCACUUGAUACCGUAUCAAUUGACGGCUCAAGGAACGGAGGAAACCGAGAGACAAGAGGUGCACGACACCAAUGUCGCCGUUCUCACUGAAACUCCAACGACUGCCGACGAUUUGGACCAAAUCGGCGAGACUCUCGUUUUAAAAGAAGACUCUUUGUCGAAGAAAAAUAAGGGAAAGAGUUCCAGACGCCGCCGUCACAAUUCGCAAAAGGACACGGAGGAAGAGACCGACGGGCAAGCUGCUCCAGCGAAAAGGGCAAAUCUUCGCCGAAAUCGUCGAAACAUUUGA